AAGACAUGCACUUGUGGCCUUAUGCCGUUUCUGCAAAGAAAGCUACAGACUGUGUCUGUCGACAGUGGAACUGUUUGCCUUACGGAAUUUGAUAACCGCCGAAAGCUGCGCUGCAGCCCGCGCCAACGCGUCGUGAGGUGUGCUGUCAUUGGCUGAAAGUAUCUGGAUCCUGCUACCUACCAGCCUUUACACUCGAGUUCGAUGUGAAGCAUAUUUAACGGGACAACACAACGUCUGCCAGGAGUCACUGUGCGGCCUUGACUCAUGGAUUCUCGACUGGAGAAAGGACCCGUGUGCGGCGUUGAAAAUUGUCGAUCACGCUGGUACGAAGAAGGUGAAGACGGCUACCGUUACUGCCAAAACGGGCACCAGCAGUUUGGCUUAGUGCGCGCUGCAGACGAUGACGACGACUUCACACUUGCGACUACUACCAGAACGCGCAAAAAGAAGGAUACGGAUGACCAGAUCAAGGUUGCUAAACACUUCAGCGGGCGGCAAGGUUUGGACUUAUAUCUCAAGAGCCUCCAACUCAUCUUGCGACACCAACUGUGGUAUUUGAUCAAAGAGAAGGGACUUCCAGCAGAGCUGGAGCUGAUCACCCUGGAUCUGUGGGCCCUUCGAAUCGCUCAAUUUGGUGAUAGGAUUACCAGCGAUAUUCGUGCCGACUCGCAAACACAGUCACAAGUCUUCAGUACCCUGGAAGCCGACGACGAAGAGACCGAUGACGCAAGAGGCGCAUUUCGGAAACCGAGUGGGCGAGAGAAGAAGCUCAGCGGCGUCCCAAAUCUUCUUGACGCUCUAGCCAUAUGCUAUCUGGGCAUGCUAACUUUGAGGCUGCCAAUCACACCAGGAGACAUCUAUCACUGGGUAACAGAAGGAAAGCUACCGUACAGAGGAGCCAUCAAGCUCUUGCCUCUGACAAUGCGAGAUCGACUGCCGCCAUCCUACCAUGCAACUCUAAACCCGAAUGCACUGCUGAGAUACAAGCGGUUCUACGCGGUAGUUGCCGAUCUGCAAGUCAGCUUCACAAACGAUCACAAGAUAGUAUGGCCACCACUCAACCACCGCCUUCUACUGUUUCGAUAUCUCAAAGAGCUGGCCCUACCUCUCGAAGUCUAUGACAUCACUCUGCGACUGAGUAAGCUCCUCGAAUACGACUUCGUAGCACACCAGGUCGGGAACAAGAGGCUUAGCAUCAGACCCCUCCCAGAGGCGCAGCUAGCCGGCUGCCUAAUCGUCUGCGUGAGAUUACUGUACCCGUUCGACGGCGAGAGACGGUAUCCGCGUCUGGCUUCCGAGCCCGCAGCCUCAGUGAUGAACUGGAAACGCUGGCUCGAACAGAUGCAAGGCGCAAAGGCCGAGUCCGAAGACAGUCAUGAAUACUUCACGGUUGAGAAGCUGACGAAGCUUGAGGAAAAGGAAGCGUUCGAGAUGACGCCUGAUCAGCUUGAUCAGUAUCUUGACUUCUACGCUGACACAUUCCUGGAUGAUGCUGAGGUACAGCGCAUGAAGGAUACGGACGACUUCCGCAACGCGAUCUACAACAUGUUCCCCGUCAAGGGCGCUCCAAAGGAGACUGCAUACACAGGUGUGAGCGGAAUCUCAAGCAAAGACGACUUAGCGACAGUCAGAGCGGUGCACAGUUCUAUGCAGGCCAGGUCUGCAAUACCCGACAACGAGGUCGGUGAUGGUGUGCUUAGACCCGGGCAGUCGUAUCAGAUCUACAAGAAAGAGGAGGAUCUACCGGAGUCCGCGAAGGCAGUUUAUGACCGCGUCGCAAAGCUGGCAGGCUUGUCAAUGGAUAUGUUGUUGCUGGCUAUCUUCUCUACGGAGGCGAGAAUCGAGAAGUGGCGCAGGAAACAGAGGGAGACGGAGAAGCAGAGCUAAACCGAUGCGUGAGGUGUCGCUGCAUCGUUCACAUGCCACGAGUCUCCUGAAAUUAUACUGCUUGACGAUGUCAGGUUUGCCGCUUGAUUUGUCAUUGGCAAACGAACUCAAUAUAAGAGCAGGUUCAUCAAUAGUCGAUAGCAGCUACAGUAGACGAUGAAGCCAGCAAAUUUGAUUGUAGCC